UUGCUAGGCCUAGUCCUCAUUCCAGUGGUAUACUACAUCUGGGACCCACACGGGCUCCGGAAAUUCCCCUCGCCAUCCCCCAUCGCCGCCAUCAGCCCUAUCUGGCGCGCCUGGCACAACAUCCAAUUCCAACACUACGCCGCCGUGCACCAAGCCCACCAACGACUGGGCACCCACGUUCGCAUCGCCCCCAAUCACAUCUCCAUCCUCGACCCUCACGCCCCGCAGCAAAUCUACGGCCAUGGCGCCAACAUGCUCAAAGCAGACUGGUACGAUGCAGCCGCAGGCCCGCACCGCAAUCUCGCAGAUACGCGCGAUAAAGCCGAGCAUCAGGCCAAGCGGAAGAUGCUGGCGCAUACCUUUUCCGCGAAGACCAUCGUAGCGUUUGAGCCCUUGCUGCAGGAGAAUGUGCAGAAUCUGCUGAACGUGCUGGAUCGACAUGCAGCGACGGGCCAGAAGGCGAAUAUGCGCCGGCUUCUAAAUUACCUGCUGAUUGAUGUCUUUGGACAACUUCUUUACGGACAUGAGCUCGGCUGUCUUGAUCGCGGGGAUGAUAUACUUGUCGCGGAGUCAAAGGACGACGGCCGGACCUACACGGCCCCUUUCAUCGACUCCCUUCUCGACGUCACCAUCAUCAACAAUCUCCUCGCAAUCUUCUCCCAUGUGGCACCGACUCUCAGCUUGAUCGCCCAGUUCCACCCGUACAAGAAAAGAGGCACAGACUGGGACAAUAUCAUCUACCACCACACGAAGAAGCGAUUCGAAACCCUAACCCCAACCACCACCACCACCACCACCGAGAAUAAUCUAUUCCAGCGCUUGCUCCGCGACACCAAAGGUCAAGACUUGAAUCUGCCCUUUGGAUCCAUCCUAGCCGAGUGUUCAUCCAUGAUGAAUGCCGGCACCGAAACCAUCACAGCGGCCAUGACCAACACAAUCUACCUCAUCUACACCCACCCACCUGUUCGCAAGAAACUCCGCGCCGAGAUCCUUGCCGCCGCUCCGGGGCCCGAUAUCCCAACCUACCCCGUCGUCUCGACGCUGCCUUACCUCCGCGCCUGUAUCGAGGAGUCUCUGCGCGUCCGGCCCCCGAGCUCAUUCGGUCUCCCGCGUGUUGUCCCCAAAGGCGGACGGGAAAUCGGCGGGCAGUUCAUCCCAGAGGAUGUGAUCGUUUCCGUACCCACGUACUCACUUCUCCGUGAUCCCUCCGUGUUCAAAAUGGCAUCUGAAUAUAUCCCCGAUCGCUGGAUGACCCAGGAAGCGGAGGAGAAAAAGCGGAUGAUGAAUAGCCAUCUCCCGUUUAGUACGGGUCCGAGGGCGUGCAUUGGCCGGAAUAUUGCGUAUUUUGAGCAGAUGGUGGUCAUUGCUACAAUUGUCAGGUUCUUUGAUGCGGAGCUGGAAGAGGGGUUUGAGUUGGAGACGCAGGAAAGGUUUAAUUCGAAUCCGGGCGAGUUGCCUAUGAUGAUGAGGAGG